AUGGGAUGUGCGGCGUCCUCCGCCGCAACUCGCGGAAAGAGCGGAGGCGGAGUGGGGAACACCGCUCUGCUCCCGGCUGCCUCGGGAGUCGCGAACAGCACUUGCUGCGAAACGCCUGUGGCACAGCUUGGCGGUCUCUCGAGUUCACUUUGCACGCCCACUCGGACGGGGUCAUACCGGCGCGUGUCGGAGUCUCAGACGCCAGGUGCCGAGCAGCCCGCGCCGUCGAGCAGUGCAUCUCAGCCCGUCCGGGAACCACCGUCAGGCACGGGCGCUGCGACUCAGCGCGAAGGCAGAAAGGAGGCAACGGGCGCGGCGUCCGAGGGCCCAGUGCAAAGUGGAGACCAGAAGUCGGAGCCUGGCGAGCAGGAACGCGCGAAGAAGAUCCGCAUCACCAAACUGAAGCGGGGGUUCUCCGUGGAUGUUCCCAUUCGCUUCGCUUGCGAUGUCCGGUUCGACAAGGACAGCGCGGUUGGCGGCGCGGUGGCGUUGUCGCUCUUUGGGCGUCAGAGAAGCGAUUCGGUCAUUGAGUGGAUUCAGUCGGCAGACGACGAAAUAGACCUCAAGAAGCCAGAACCCAUGUCCUGA